UGCAAUACAACCUCUCCCACAGCUGCGCAAACACCGUGUUGUCGCUCCAACCGGGGAACCAAAACACAAGCUACUCCUCUCACAGAUACAUCAUGGGGAAACAGAACAGCAAGCUGACCCCUGAGGCAAUGGAUGACUUGGUAAAGAACACAGAGUUUAAUGAGCAUGAGCUCAAGCAGUGGUACAAAGGCUUCCUAAAGGACUGCCCAACUGGCCGCCUAAACCUCGAGGAGUUCCAGCAGCUCUAUGUCAAGUUUUUCCCUUAUGGUGAUGCAUCAAAGUUUGCCCAACAUGCUUUCCGGACCUUUGAUAAGAACGGGGAUGGCACCAUUGACUUCCGGGAGUUUAUCUGCGCUUUGUCCAUCACUUCACGAGGCAGCUUUGAACAGAAACUCAACUGGGCUUUUAACAUGUAUGAUCUGGAUGGAGAUGGCAAGAUCACGAGAGUGGAAAUGCUGGAGAUUAUCGAGGCAAUCUACAAGAUGGUGGGCACCGUAAUAAUGAUGAAGAUGAAUGAGGACGGUCUGACGCCUGAGCAACGAGUCGACAAAAUCUUCACUAAAAUGGAUAAGAACAACGAUGAUCAGAUUUCACUGGAGGAGUUCAAAGAGGCGGCAAAGAGUGACCCAUCCAUUGUAUUACUGCUGCAAUGUGACCUGCAGAAAUAAAACAGUGUUCGGGUGAAUGCUGGGGACUGCACCAAAUAUUAAUGUUUCAUCCAGUUUGCAGCUAUUUCCAGUAAAACAUAACUGCUUGGACUACCUUUCAAUAAAUCCGCUUUCUGUGUUUGAAA